AUGCAUGAAGACUUGCGCCGAAGAGCCCUCGAGAGCGGCAAGACCGUCUCCAACAAGGCCAAAUCCAAGGGGUCGUCCCGGGGAAGCUCGCGUGGCAACUCGGCGCCCAACUCGCGCAGUGCUUCCCGCAUUCAGAGCAGAGAUGCCUCAGACGACGAGGAUUUAGACAAGGGCAAUCUGAGUGACGAUACGACCCAGAGUAUCAACUCGAUCGAUGCCCUCCUCGAAACCGACGACAUCAACGAGCAGACCUCGGACGUGGCUCGACAAGAGUUGAACGACGUCAUCGUGGAACUGCUCGAUCGGAAAGGGAGCAGCAAUAAGAGCAGGGAAGACGCGCUGACUACCUAUGUCAAAUGCUUGACAUCGCACUAUCUGGCUGAGGUUCUCUAUGGCCGUGUUGAGGACCUCCUCGGUGCGUUCAGCCGAAGCAUCAAAGCAGAAACGAGCGAGAAAGAAACCACAUUGGCCUUGCGGGCCAUGGCACUUACUGCCAUUACAUUCGCCCAUGGCAGCCUUUACGACACGGUCGCGGCGUCCUUGAAACGGACCAUCUCCGAUUCUCGGUUCACGUCGGUCAAGGCUGCGGCGAUCUAUGCGAUUGGGAUCUGCAUUUCGUUUGGUGGCGCUGGAGAAGAAGAGAUUCUGGACGUUAUGACUUUCUUACUGGAGAUCGCGUCGAGCGACGGCGCCUUUGUCGAUGCAGACGACAGCGCCGAAGUUGUCACCGCCGCCUUGAACACCUACGGGUUCUUGGCCACACAAGUGGAAGACCUCGAGCAGGAAUCGGAAGACGCGGUUGCGACGUUCCUCGACCAGCUCGAUGCAGACGACGCCAAAGUCCAAGUAUCGGCGGGCGAGAACAUUGCUUUACUAUACGAGAAAUGUUACACACCACGCGAGGAGGACGACGAGUCCUCCUCGGACGAGGAAAUUCCUGAAGACGAUUUGGCCCACGACCGGCCUCACGUGCGAUCCUACCUAGUCAAACGGUAUAACCCUUACCACAACACGCAUGAAGUGCUAGACAAGGUAACGGCACUCGCGUCGCUCAGUACCAAGUCGAUGAAUCGUCGAGACAAGAAAGCCUUGCAUCAAUCGUUUGCCAGCAUUGCCCUGACGGUGCAAGACCCGCGACUGGGGCUCCAGUCGAACAAUGCCUCGAAGAUGGUGGUGCGAGUGCAUCGGGAAGGUGAAAUGCGGGUGGACAAGUGGUGGAAGCUGAUGCGGCUGCACGCCAUUCGAAGGCUCCUGGGUGGAGGCUUUGUCAACCACUACUUUGAAGGCAACAAACAGGUGUUGGACGCGUUGCCGAUGAUCAUGCGGGGCAUUGGAAGCUCAGGCAUGCCGAGUCCUCGCAAGAUGGGCGGCAACAACAAGACGCAGAAGGGCAAAUACCGCGACGUGCGACGCUUUGUGUCGGCCGACCUGACGGCGCAUUGA